CGAUUGGCCGCCGCUCCUUUCAAUCAGAGGGGUGGGCUGCGGGUCACGUGGCUUGGUUUUAAAGGCACAGUGCAUGAUGCUGGUUCCCCAGCAGAGCCUCCCUGGCAGAGGGCACGUGGGGCAGAGCAGGGCGGGGAGUCGCAUGGAUGGAGUCAGGGGCAAGAGGGCCCAGCAGAGGUCGUGUGGCAAAUACGCCACAACCCCCGCAGACAACUAUUACCUGGCUCGGAGGAGGACCCUCCAGGUGGUGGUUAGCUCCUUGCUGACAGAAGCUGGGUUUGAGAGCGCUGAGAAGGCGGCGGUGGAAACGCUGACGGAAAUGUUACAGAGCUAUGUUUCAGAAAUUGGAAGGAGCGCCAAGUCCUACUGCGAACACACAGCAAGGACUCAGCCGACCCUCUCGGAUAUUGUUGUUACCUUGGUCGAGAUGGGGUUCAACGUGGACACUCUUCCUGCAUAUGCCAAGCGCUCCCAGAGGAUGGUCAUCACCGCACCCCCUGUGACAAAUCAGCCUGUGACUCCCAAAGCCCUGACAGCUGGACAGAACAAACCUCAUCCAUCGCACAUCCCCAGCCAUUUCCCUGAGUUCCCAGAUCCUCACACCUACAUCAAAACUCCAACAUACCGGGAGCCUGUUUCGGAUUACCAGGUCCUGCGGGAAAAGGCAGCAUCUCAGAGGCGUGACGUAGAACGGGCUUUGACUCGCUUCAUGGCAAAGACGGGAGAGACGCAGAGUCUCUUCAAGGAUGAUGUCAGCACAUUUCCAUUGAUUGCUGCCAGACCGUUCACAAUACCAUACCUGACGGCUCUUCUCCCCUCGGAGCUGGAGAUGCAGCAGAUGGAAGAAACAGAUUCGUCCGAGCAAGAUGACCAGACAGACACGGAGAACCUCCCCCUCCAUAUGAGCACGGAUGAUUCAGGCACUGAGAAGGAGAAUGCGUCGGUGCUGCAGCAAAAUACAUCCCUGUCUGGCAGCCGCAACGGAGAAGAGAACAUGAUUGAUAAUCCCUACCUCCGGCCCGUGAAGAAACCCAAGAUCCGCCGGAAGAAGUGAGCUGAGGCAGGUUGAUUGCAUGGAGGAGGGAGACCAGCUCUCCUCUGACUGUUCCAGGGAGGUGUCCUCUACUACUGAGGGUUGAGUGGCAAAGGGAAGAUGAUCAUUUUGUACUGAUCCAACUCAAUGCUUCUCUCUUCCUUCUUCCCACUCCUCUGCUUCUCCCCGUUGGCUUGGCAUGGCCAGUGCAGAAGGGGUAGCUAUCGUAGACCACCAGUCUUCAGACCAGACACAGCCCAUCUGCUCCAGAUGUGAUAUUCCUCUUCUUUGUGGGCUGGAUUUACUUUAGGAGGAGCGGCACGAAAGGAUUUUCACUGGUUGCUGCUUCCUAGUGGACUGUGCAGAAUGCAGGGACUUCUGGGCUUCACGGUUCUCUUAUAGACUCCGUGAAAGACGGUCUCUCCCAGCUGUGAGAGAGCAUAAGCUGGGUUCAAAUCUUGUUCAGUAGAACUUCUGUUUGAACCGGAAAUUUGGCUGGAGCAGAGUGCCAGAUUUUAAAAACUUCCCAGAGUUUGGGCUGGCCAGAGACUGGGACAUGAGUUUCACAUCUGGAGUCCACCAUUCCUGGAUUGGGUUUUGGCUCUAUUUCCUAUUUGCCUGUUCAGGAGCAUCAGGGCAGGGUUUGACAAGUGUCAGGACAGGAGGGAGACUUACAAGUAUCCUGUUUAUCCUGGUGUUUAACAGCAAAUUACACAAAACAUUCAUACUAUUGCAGGUCAGUCAGAAAUUUGAUUUCCAUGCUUUCUGAACCAGCAGGUCUGUGAAGUGGGUCCCUUUUUACUCCACAGAUCUACUUCUUGUGUCUUCCCAUGUUAUUUGUGCACUUAUCUGACCAAAGCCCAAGGUGAUCAUCCUCACAUCUUUUAGCUAUGGUGCUGGAUUUUGAACAGCUUCACAUAGCAGCAGCUGAUUUUUACUUUUCAGGCCUUAUUUUCGGAGGAGACCAUACAAUGAGAGGCAGAAAAGCUUAGGUGGAUUCUCAGUUCCUAAGCUAUUUGCAAUGUUGGCAGUUCAGAAUAAACUCAAGAACUAAGGACUUUUAUAUGGUAAACUGAUUGCAUACAUCAGCUAAGGAGAGAAGAAUAAAUAUGGCCCUCAAGGCUGCCACUUCAUGUUUGCUUCUCUGAUUACAGCUGCACUUUAAAGUGCAUAGUGUAGUGUUCAUACCUCUCCACGUAGACUAUUUUCUUGCAGUCAGAACGGCAGGAUCAAGCAGCCUCUUCAGGCUACCUUUCAGUUCUGUUGUUUGUUUCAAUGCAAUACAUUCCUUUGAGAUUCCACCAGCUGUUUGAAAGCUGCUGCAUCUUGCUAGAAUCACCUCAUUUUUCAGUGCUGAUGCCUUUACUUCUCAAGUGGAAAAAUAUGACUAGUUUAAUCAUGAUCAGUGGCCAUGGAAUGAUAAGUCAGCAGUUAAGCCUGCCUGUAGAGGCCCUUACUUCAUUAUCACUUAACAGUUACACAAGCAAAAUACUGAUGGGCUUGCACAGUUUUGACUGAUUAAAGAGACCUCAGUAUAGGUGGUCCACACUGCAAUUAACUAUAUGCACUCAACCAGAGAGCUGCCCAGUGCCAAAGAGCUUUCUUUGAUUUAUGUAGUUGCAAGUCACAAGGCAAUUCCAUGCGUGGUUCCAGCAGCAGCAGAGAUCACAUCUCCUGUUCAUAGAUGAAAAUGCUGCACUGAGGUCAAGACAGUUUACUUCAAAUUUGCCUGACCUCUCCAGGCUCCCUUAUUAAUCAGCUGAUUAUUAUUCUUGGAAGCAUAGAAAGUUCUAACUCCCAAUACAAUGAUCACAGUUGUAUGGAUACAUGAAUUCAUCACAAUUUUUGGCUGGGCUACACCAAAAAAUGUCAUUGCCCAAGACGGAAGAAAAUCAGACAGCUGGCUGAUUAUGUAAACAUAAAAAAAACCAAAACGGGGGGUGUGGGGGAAGAGAAGAACGCAAGAACUUCAGUCAAUAGGAGCUGGAAGCAAAGCACAGACCUUUUUUUCCCUAAGCAGUAUAGGGAAGAAAAGCAGUUUCUGGGGUGAAAAGUAGGAAAAAUCUCAAUCCCACUCAGCUCCAAAUUUGGAAAAUCAGCUGUGGAUGGUCCAUCUUUAUAUUGAAGUUAGAAGUAUUCAGGACUUUCUCAGGCUUCCUAACACCCAGCCUGUUGAGCAUUUGGUCAGGGAAACAGAAGUCAGAGAGCAAUGCCCUUCCUUCUCUCCUUACAGGCUAGUAUCUAUGGUGUUACCCUUUCACCUUUGUCUUUCCUGUUACUUAUGUGUACCCUCCCUUCCCUCAGUGCCUGUCUCUGUGCUGAUAACCAGUAUGUUGAGUCCUUGAACAGUUUGUGAUACUGCCUCAGGAGACCUGAAUUAGUCCAUGAUACAUGCUGCAGACUGGCAGCAUUGGCCUUUGCUGCCCAUUCAUGGAAGAGGCUUUCUGUUCACUCAGCCAACGAAGGGGCAGCGUUUACGGAUGCCGGGGCCUGCUGGUUACAUGAAGAAACCGCCCCAGCAUCUUCACUCCCACCACGUAUCAUCAUAAGACUGCUUUUGGGAGGCAGACAAAGACUCUAUGUGCUGUGGCCAAGAUCCUGGGGAGAAAGUGUCUGUGCUGGGAUUUGCACAGUCCUUUUAGAAACCUCAUCCACUCGGAUUAUCUCCUUGGCCAAAAGCAGUUGUUGUUAUAGUAUCAUAGUUCCUAGGGUCGGAAGGGACCUGGGCAGAUCAUCUAGUCCGCCCCCCUGCCAUGGCAGGAAAGAGUACUGGGGGUCAAACGACCCCAGCAAGAUGGUCAUCUAACCUCCUCUUAAAAA